GAGAUAGAUUCAAAGUCAAGUGCUGAAUUGCGUGCAAAGUUCUUGAAAAAUAUGGAAGUUAAGCGAGAAAAGAUGUAUUCUGGUCAACAGCAACAUCAACCACCACCACCACUUAAGAGGAUAAAAACCCUUAGUGAUAGGGAAAGGGAGCAGAACUUAAGAAAAAAUGGUAUCCAAGCAAAUGAAAAGCAGAAUUUUGUAGAAAAUACAAAAGCUCUUGCAAAAGACAAAGGACAGAAUUUGAAGAAAAUUAAAGUACAGAUGGAAGCAAGUAUGACUCACUCUCAAGGAUCUACCUAUAGAUAAGAAAAAGAACUUUCUUCUAAAUCUACUACUAUGGCUCACAAGAAUUCUAGAGAAGUAGAUUCUAGAAUGAGUCAAGAUUUGAAGAGAAAAGAGACCACAAUUGUAGAUGAUGUUGAAGAGUGUGGUAGCUUGCAAGAAAGGCCAACUAAGAAGGAAAAAAUACGUCAAUUUGCUUCAAUGCCGAUUGAUACAUUUCUUAAACUUAACAAUGAACCUGAUGGUGAAGAGCAAUUAGAUGAGAAUGAAGGAGAUAAUAUAGAGGAGCAGGACAAGGAUUAUAUUAAUCCAACUGAGGCUGAGGACAUAGACAAUACUUUGAAAGGAAAACUAUGUUGAAGGGGAAAUCGAACUUGAUUAAGGUCAAAUUUUUAAGAGCAAAUGUUACAGAGUAAAAGUCAUGAACUUGUGGACAUGAUGAUAAAUCUAUUUGCUACUUAGCUAUUUCAACUCUUUUUUGUUA